CUGAUCCACCUCCGUAUAUAUUCGCAUUCGCUCCCCUACGCUUCUCAGCAAAACCUAGGGUUUUAUCUCCGUCCUCUCGCUUCAGCCGCCGCCGCCGCACCAUCCUUCUCUCCGUUCUCCGUUCUGCCACCAUGGCUCAGAUCAGCAAGAAGCGGAAGUUCGUCGCGGAUGGCGUGUUCCUGGCCGAGCUGAACGAGAUGCUCACCCGCGAGCUCGGGGAGGACGGCUUCGCGGGCGUCGAGAUCCGGGUCACCCCCAUGCGGACCGAGAUCAUCAUCCGCGCCACCCGCACCCAGAGCGUCCUCGGUGAGAAGGGUCGCAGGAUCCGGGAGCUGACGUCGGUGGUGCAGAAGCGAUUCAACUUCCCCGACGGCGGAGUGGAGCUCUACGCCGAGAAGGUCCUCAACCGCGGCCUCUGCGCCGUCGCCCAGGCCGAGUCCCUCCGCUACAAGCUCCUCGGUGGCCUCGCCGUCCGAAGGGCAUGCUAUGGUGUACUCAGGUUUGUCAUGGAGAGUGGUGCAAAGGGCUGUGAGGUUAUUGUUAGUGGGAAGCUUAGGGCACAGCGUGCUAAAUCUAUGAAAUUCAAGGAUGGGUAUAUGAUCUCUUCUGGUCAUCCUGUCAACUUGUAUAUUGAUGGAGCUGUGAGGCAUGUUCUUUUGAGACAGGGUGUGCUGGGUAUCAAGGUUAAGAUUAUGCUUGACUGGGAUCCGAAGGGCAAGCAAGGACCAGCUACACCUUUGCCUGACCUUGUCACCAUCCACCCCCCUAAGGACGAGGACGAGUUCUUGAGGCCUCUUGCACCUCAAACUGCAGUUGCUUAAAAGAAGAAAAGUAGUCGCUUUUGAGUAGCUACCAAUACUUUCAUGCCCUGCUUCGGUUGGCUGUUUUUACUCUGGUCAUUGGUACCACUUCGAGGGAAGCUGACAGUUGGGUUAAGCCUAGGUCGACUCCAACACAGCCACCCAAUCCGUUUUGGUUUUGACCUGGACAUCCCAGAAGCUCUUGUCGGGCCUUUGUUUGUUUGGGUCUGCUGGUGCUUCCAACAACAAGGUCACCUAUUUGAUCUGUCUUAUUAUUGUCACAGACGGGCCAGGGAAGGGUAAAGUGAGGACGAGUGCAGUGUGCACGCAUUACCCGGCCCAGAUUUGGUGUGGGUAUAUCUUUGCGUUCUGUAGUACCCCUCAAAAAAAUAAUCUGUGCGUUCUUUCGUAUGCUCCAGAUUUCGUGUGUUCUUGUGUAUUUUUGCUUUCUUGUUCGUCA